GCAUCACGCAUCACGCUUAUGUGUUUACCCAUGAUGCUCCGCGCGCAGUCUGCGGCUCAUUCAAAAAUGGAGGAAAGUGAGAGAGAUUCAGGGGGUGAUCGCUGUCAGCCAGCUCAUUCCCAGACAUCUGACCAGCAAACCAUAAGCGAGAUCUGUGCUCAAACCCCAGAUGCUGACGAAGAUGAUACUAAAACUAAACUGGACAUCAGUUCGGAUCAGUUUGACCCACUUCUUGCUCUGUACUCCCCACAAGUGCCACUGCCAUACCCCAAUAUCAAGUGCUUUAACAAUUUAGCCGAAUAUGAGAGCUUUAUGAAAGGCGGCCGAGGCAGAGCGAAACCUGAAAAUGUGGAGAAAAAGCUCAGAAAAGCACAGAAAGGUAAAGCAGACCCGGAGAGGAUAGAGAGACUAAAGAGACUUAUGGUGAACAACCCCGUGGAAGAAGAGGGAGAGGGAAGCGGAGUGAAGCGAGCACCGCGACAGAGAAAGACUGUCAAAAAUGUGCUUACACGAAUGCCACUGCAUACAGGUAGUCCACUAGGAGAACUCAACAGAUGUGUCCAGGAGAAAAUCAGAGUCAAAGUUCACAUCCGAACCUUUAAAGGUCUACGAGGAGUGUGCUCUGGAUUUGUGGUGGCAUUUGAUAAGUUCUGGAACCUGGCAAUGGUAGAUGUGGAUGAAACAUACAGGGAUCCCCUUUUGGGAGAGGCUCUCUACCAUGAGAAAGCACUUACAGUCACAAGGCUGUUUGAAAAGCUAAAAGUGCAAGAGACUGUGGCUUUGGCUGCAGUUGAGAAAAAGGGAGCAAUGUCAGAUCCCCAAUGUAGUUCAUCUCAAUAUUACACCAAAGAUGAAAACAAGAAGUGCACUGACCCUAAACGUACUCAGGACAAAUCUACACUCUUGGAAAAAGACCAGUCAGUCCAAAAAACCUCAAAUGUGACACAAAAACCUGAUAUGAACCGUAAGGUGUACGGAAGAGUUCACACGCGUCAUGUCAAUCAGCUUUUCAUAAGAGGAGAAAAUGUUCUUCUCGUAAACAUACAACAGGACUAAAAUAUUUAUUGCCUUUCUUAGGUCUGUAAGUGUAUCAUAUUGAUAUGUAUGUGAACAACAGAAUACAUUUUACAGUUUGUUCAUC